AUGCUAGCUAUCAGCAGAGUACUCAAUGAACGUACAUGUACAUGUGUAUGUGCAUGCGCAGCUAGAGAUGACUGGAAACAAAACACGGCUAUUACCCCACCUCCACGGGCACAGUUUGGCGGACCUGGGGUUAAAGAAAUGAAGAUUUCUAUUUUACCAAAUAAAUAUGAAGAUUAUACAGAUGUAGACACUCCUCCACAAAUGAACAAAAUAACUCUCACUGAUUGGAUUAUUUGUUCAAAUGCAUUGACGCAAACUAUAUACAUUGAAGGACAUCGAAGUUGUGAUUCUAAGAAUAACUAUUGGAAAAGUUCAUCCAUUGUAAAACGUAUUACUAACAAUAUUGUGGCCACACAAAGUGGAAGACACUACGUGUUGGUGGGAGACAUUAAUCAAGAAUUGUGCUUGUUACAGGGAUUUUCCAAGAAAUUUGUACGAGCUUUUUGUUAUGGAUUUCCAGGAAGAUGGCAAUCACUUGUAAAGAGUCAUUUUAAUUUGUCCAACAGGCUUUCUGAUAACAACAAAAAAUGUGUAGAUGUAAAGCCUAAAACACCUACUUGUAAUAGUAAGGACAGAGUUAAUUAUCAAGAAUGUCAGACACCGACAUCUACUGUUCUUGAUUUAGAAAAACUUAAGACAUCAAGUCGUGGUAGGAGAUUGAAACCCCCAUUAGCAUUUUGGACUGGUCAACGAAUUGUUUCCACUACAGAAUGUGAAAUAGUUGCAAUAAUUGAUGGAAAUCCUGCCGUAUCACCAAGUCGAUCACGAGAUAACAGUUUUGUCAAAAGCAAACAGACAGCAAAUAAAAGAUUGCAUGCAAAGACAAGAGAUGGAAGGUCAAGAUCAGUUAACUCUGUUGUUAAAGUAAAUGAUUUUGAGCCAGCAAGAAAAAGGAGAAAGACUUUGAUGGUCAGUGAUGAUGAUGAUGAUUCAAAAGAUAGACAGCAACGUAGCGCAGUUACAGUAAAUCAGACCUCUCUGUCUGAUAUAGUUAAUCCUCAAAAAAAAUACAAUUCAAGAUCAAAAACUAAAAAAGUGAUCUCAUCAAAACUCGCCAAUAGUGAAUGUGAGGAAGAUGACCCACGCCAGAAACAAACAAGUAAAGUUUACCCAAAUUGCAUAUUAACUGCUACAACAAGUAAAGACAACAUGCCCAGUGAACCAAACCAGUGUACAAGACAGUAUAACAGAGGAGUAAACAAAUCACAACCUUACAAACAAAUGAAUGCUUCAAGAGGUAAAUCGAAAUCGUCUCUGUACUUCAAUUCGUCUGAUCUGAGUGAGCAAAGUGCUUCAAACGAUGUAGUUUCCUGUCUUUUUGGAAAGAACAUGUACAAACGAAAGAAUCAUCUGCAGCCUCAGGUGUUACUUCAUGAUUGUCAUCGUUCUGAUAAUACUUGUUAUGAUCUGAGUGAUGAUGAUCAGAAUGCGAGGAACAUAGCAAAUGAACUUGCAGAUAAAAGGUUGUCAUGGAAACAAAAAGAUGAGACUACGGAGGAUGAGAGUGUGGCUGAGAAAGAUGUCACAAGAAGUGGAACCAAUGUUGGUGAUGAAAAAAAGCAUGUCUCUCCAAGGUACCCAAGGAGAAAUAUAAAAAGCAAAUCUAAUGAAUCCUGUAAUAUUGAACCUGUAGUAAGUAAAAGGAAAAGAGGAAAAAAAAAAACUCGUUCUAAGACAAACAAUAAUGACCAUGACAGCCAUGAAAUAUGGAAACCUACAGCCAGGAACCAUAAGAAGAUUGAAAUGGAAGACAACAAAAAAGAAUUGAAAGAUGAUGGGAAUAGUACCAAAAAAAAAGCACAGACCACUGUAACUCGCGGGAAUAUUACAAACAAGAAAGCACAGGGAAAUGUAACUGGUGAUAAUUGUACAAACAAGAAACCGCAAACAAAUGUAACUGGUGGUAAUUGUACAAACAAGAAACCGCAGGCAAAUGUAACUGGUGGUAAUUAUACAAACAAGAAACUGCAGGCAAAUGUAACUAGGGAGAAUAUUGCGAACAAGACAGUACAGGCACAUGUAACUAGGGGGAAUACUACAAACAAGGAACCACAGGCAAAUGAAACUGAUGGUAAUAGUACAAAAAACAAAGCUCAUUCAACUGUAACGAGUAUUACCAACAAGAAAGCACAGGCAACUGUAACUAGUGGGAAUAUUACAAACAAGAAAGUGCAAGCAGUUGUGAAAGCUCCUGUAAAAAUUGCUGGGAAGGGAACCAUGAAACGAAGAAAGCAGCUUCGUGAGAUAGCAAAACAACAUGAAGAAUAUGAGCAUGAUAGUGAUGGUUAUUUUGAAGAUGAUACCAAGGUCUUAAACCUAGUACAUGAAUAUGAAGAUGAUAUUGAUGCACCAUUACUGCAUCAAACACCUGCUUUAAGAAUGCAAUCCAGAUUUGCUCCAGUCUCUGAAAGGAAGACUCCAUAUGUGACUAAUGCAUACACACCAGGAUUCAACACUGCUUCUCGAGACAAGUAUGAUCGUAUCAUUCAUCGAUUUCAUAAGAAAAAGAAGACUGGGCAAAAUCUGAAAGCAAGAGCUUUAUUGAAUAAGUCUCCAAAUGAGGAACCAUUGGCAAAAUCGGCAAAGCCAAAUAUCUGUUCAUCUGUUGAUAGUUUAGCUCCGGGAGUAUUUCAAGUUGAUUACAAGCCAGUCUCAGAUUCGGAAGAAGAACAAGAUGUUUAUUUUUCAGAUGCCUAGAAACAUAUAAACUCAAGAAUAUUUUUCUCUUUUUUUAAUGAAGUAGACAAGUUUUAUCAUUUUUAAUUUUGUAUUUUCUUAUUUAGCACACAGAAACACAUUUUCUUGCAAUCAACUGUUUUUUUUUUAUUUU